GCCCUCCCCGUUGCCAUGGCGCUGCGCUGGCGCUGCAAGAUGGCGGCCGGGAGGCAGCCGGCCCCGCGGCGCGGCCCACCAUAGGCACCAUGGCGGCUGCUUUGCUCGGGGCGCUGGUGCUGCUGCUGCUGGCGGCACUAUGUCCCGGGCAGCGGGCUUGGGACCCCGUCUUUCAGCCUUCAUUUAUCCAUAUGUCAGGGCCCAGUGUCAGUUUGUUUUUUCUUGGAAGUUCUUCAGGAGUUAAUUUUUCUAUAAUUUUAAGCCCUGUAGAUGAAGAGACAGGAAGAUUGCAACUUGCAAAUUGCAGUGGAAGUAAAAGAGCUGGUGAUUGGAAUUUGAAUGUAACACCUGGUAUGAAUGCUUCCAAAGUGACUGUAAGCUUGAGGAGAAAUCUGCAGUUGUGUUUGCCGAAUGCCACUGACUGCUGCACAACACCUCUCUGUGUGGUUGAAACGCUCCAGAUUUUAGCUUGUCGUGAUUCAGUGAUGUUGGCACGUCUCCUGAUUCAAGCUGAAAUAUAUGCCAACUCUUCCUUUACAGGAAAUGUGUCAGAAAAUGCAACUAUCAUCCCAAACCAGGUGUUUCAGCCCUUGGGCUCUUGUCCCUGUGACUUGACAGCUGGAGCUUGUGACGUUCGUUGUUGCUGUGAUCUGGAAUGUACACCGGACUUGAAGCAGUUAUUCAAUGAAUCGUGUUUCACUGGAGUGUUUGGUGGGGAUGUAAACCCACCUUUUGAUCAGCUGUGCUCUUCUCAGUCAAUGGAAUACACCCCGGACUGGUUUCCCUUCCUUUGUGUACAGUCUUCUCUUAACAAUACACCGUUUCUUGGGUACUUUUAUCAUGGGUCUAUUUCUACACCCAAAGUUCCUUCAUUUAAGAUCCCAUUACAAACUUCUGUGAAACUUUUCACUGGUUACAGACAAGGAGAUCCAAUUAUGACAGAAGAAAAUGAGUAUUUUACUGUUCCCCAGCGGUCCAUGGCUGGACAGUGUGUUGGAAAUGCCCCCGUAGCCUAUCUCCAGAACUUUGAUGUCAGAUGCCUUACCGAUCUGGCCUCUUACAAGGAAGGACUGCCCCAUGACGUGAGGAUAAACAGUGGUAUUGGAGACUUCAUCCAACAAAAUGUCACCUAUAGGACCAUCACUGACAUGAGCAAAUUCAUCACUGAAAGUGAAAGCCGUCAUAAUGCUGAGGUUCUGUGUCAAAACGUAACUUUUGCAGAGCAUUAUAUGUUCAUUUGGAAAGAUGAGAACAUAGAACAAGUAAAUGUCACAGUCUUCCUUGGAAUUUUAUGUGAUGGAGAAACACUGACACAGAGAUUCACAGUCAAAUUUCUAAGUGUAAAGGGUACUAAUGCAGCAGAACAGUUUGAGAAUCCAGGUUAUCAAGUUGGAAAACCAGUGAGAGCUGCAAAUAUGAAUGCUUCUGAUACUUUUGGAAGCCUAAACAUUUGGCAGCCAGUUGGCAGAAGUUUAUGUACAUCGGCAACUUAUACACCAGUUUUAUUUGGACUCGAUUCAUUCUCCGGGUGCAUUCUAGAAGUUGGUAUUAAUGAAGAUUGCAGCCUUUUAAGAGGAAAUGUGACUGAGAAAUUGAAUUCAUUAAUACAAGCUACUCACAUUGGAAGGAGGGACAAUUCAAGUUACAGUAAUCUAAAUGACUGGGUGGAAAUUAUACGUCUUGAUCCAUUUAAUUCUGAUACCAACAUGAGCACUGGACACUUAAAAGGCAUUUGUCCAGAUAUUCCUGCAAAUCUGAAUAUUCGCAUAAUCUUUGCUGAUGUGGGGGCAGUACAAGGGAUUCCCCAGCAAGAGAUUCUUGCUGUGCAGAUCAGUUACUCAACAGUCAUAUGGCAAUUCCAGUGCGGGCUUAUCUGUGAAAACAGCAUCAGCUUUCUUCCCAUCACUGCUUCUGUUCAGUUUCUUAAAGUGCCAGCUCAGCCACCCAUUCCAGUGACAAGAUUUCAGCAUAAUUAUACAGAAUUUGACUGCAAUCGAAAUGAUGUCUGCUGGCCACAACUUUUUUAUCCAUUGACACGAUUUUACACAGGAGAACCAUAUUCCCAGUGUCUUGCUAAAGGCCUGUCAUUGGCAUUUCUUGUUUUACUUGCAGCAAUUAUGAGUAACCCUUGGUUUUCUAAAUUAUGGAAUAGUUCCUUGGUUUAAAAAUGUUGAUGUAAAGAGAACCACUUUUGUUAAUAUUUCAAGUACUUUGGGGUAAAAUUUACGGAUUUUGUAGAGAUUUAUACAGACAUUUGAAUACAUAAAAUGAAUGCUUUUACGGUA